AUGCUCACUGUACAACAAGCAGCUCAAGAAAACAAACUCGGACUCUUACGUGCGCUCCUUGAGACGAAUCCGGAAGCACUUGACAGUCUGGAUGAUGAUGGACGAACGCCGCUGCACUGGGCUGCAUCCGUCGGAGCAAAGGAGAUUGUACAAUUCCUUCUUGGAAUGAAAGCGCAGGUCGACAAACCGGAUCUCAGUGGCUGGACUGCGUUGCAUAUGGCCACCAGCGCCGGUCAUCAGGAGGUCGUCGUAGAACUAUUGGGAGCGGGUGCGGAUGUCAAGAGGACGAAUGAUAAAGGUCUGACGGCCUUACACUAUGCUGCUUCAAGGUCAAGGACAGAAGCACGUGUCGUGAUCUCUCAUGCCAUACUAUCGCUGACUAGAAGUAACCAGAUAGGCAGACUACUUCUCGAACGCGGCGCGGACGUCAAUGCACGGGAUAAAGCGAACCAACUUCCUUUACACCGAGCGGCGACAACGGGCUCAACGGCGUUCAUUUCUAUCCUCCUCAAUCCGCCAGCAGGCAGCACAAAGCCUCGGCUAAAUACGGGUGACCGGAUAGGCAAUACACCUUUACAUCUCGCAAUGGAGUCUGGACACGCCGAGGCGGCGGUGAUGCUGAUUGAAGCGGGUGCUGAUCGAGGUCGGCAAAACUCGGAUGGUCAGAUACCGGAAGAGAUUGAAGGUGUUGGCGGACAGGAGCAAAGACGCGUCCGCGAAUACGUGGUUCGCAGCUGUGGAAAGUUUGACAAUUAA